AUGUCUCAAUGGGAUGCAGUGCCGUACUCUUUUGCGACGGCGGCCACAGGUGUCCGAUUGAAAUUGAACAACGGCGAGGGACUUGGCGCAGAGGAGCGGUCUCUGCACGAGACCCAGCCAACGGAUAUGCUGCGAAAAAUGGAGCCGAUGGGUACACGCGCUGUUCUAAAAAGCUGGAGCCAUCUCAUGUAUUGCGGCAGGAUCCUUGCCAUGGAUAGCAGCAAUGACACAGGGCAAAAGCUGCGAGGCGCUGCAAGGUGCAGCGGAAAACACCAUCGCACCGUAGCAGCAGGUAAGGAGACUCUGCUGUCGACGACACCAUCGGCGCAGUGGUAG